AUGACUUCUUUAACUUAUCUCCUGCGCAUGAUUUUGCAUGACUGGUCGGAUCGUGAGGCACGAAGCAUCAUCUCGAACAUACUGCCAGCAAUGCAAACGGGCGCACGGCUGGUUGCCAUGGACUCAGUACUCCCUCUACCGGGUGCGGUUGAGAGCACACAGGAGAGCCUCCUGCAUGUCCGAGACCUGACCAUGAUGAUGGCAUUCAACCGCAAGGAGCGAGCUGCGGAGGACAGGGCCAGCCUGCUUCAAAGACCGACGCGCUUCUUUGAGGACAGUUUGCACGUCUUGGCGCUGGCCGCCUUUCACCUCAGCAGCUUCCAGGCAGACGCAGACGACGACGACGACGACGAAACGACAGACAACUCGCAUCUCCUGCAAACAACGUCGACGUACGCUGCAAUGAUGUUUAUCCUCCAGGAGCUCGCGCGCAUUCUUGACCGGCCCUUUUUCCCAUGGAAGAAGAUCAUUGUGGGCUUCUCGCUAGGCCAGUAUCUCCUUGAAGGCUUCCUCUCUCUCCGACAGUACAAAGUCUUGCAGGCAACAAAGGUUCCUAAAGUUCUAGAGGGCGAGGUCUCCCAGGAAGUGUUUGAUAAGAGUCAGGCUUAUGGACGCGCAAAGGCAAAGUUCGGCUUCGUGAGCGGGCUAUACAGCCAGAUCCAGAACCUGGCAUUCAUCUACGGCGACGUUCUCCCAAAAAUAUGGGGAGCAACUGGUCUUCUGCUCGCGAAAUAUGCCCCCGAAGGCUUCAGAGGGGAGAUCACUCAUACCCUGCUGUUUGUCUUUGUUUUCAACAUCAUUACAACGAUAUUGUCCCUCCCGACCUCGUACUAUAGCACCUUUGUCCUGGAAGAGAAGUUUGGCUUCAACAAGCAAACCGUCAAGCUCUGGGUUAUGGACAUGCUCAAAGGCCAGAUGCUGACUGUCAUUCUCGGAACUCCCAUCAUCAGCGCGAUCCUGAAAAUCGUACAGACUACUGGCAACAGCUUCUUCUACUAUCUUUGGAUGUUUGGAAUCUUUGUCCAGUUGUUUGCCAUCACUAUCUACCCAAUUGCCAUUCUUCCCCUGUUCAACAAGCUCUCCCCGCUUGAACCCGGCGUCUUGAAGACCUCCGUCGAGAACCUGGCCAAGCAGCUUAAGUUCCCGCUCUCCGAGUUGAACGUUAUUGAUGGAAGUAAAAGAAGCGCCCAUAGCAACGCCUAUUUCUUCGGACUGCCAUGGAAGAAGCAUAUUGUUAUCUACGAUACCUUGAUUGAGAAGAGCGAGACUGAAGAGGUUGUUGCCGUUCUGAGCCAUGAACUGGGCCACUGGAGCUUGAGUCAUACUACGAAGCUGUUUGGAAUCGGACAGUUCCACAUGUUCUAUAUCUUUGCCUUGUUCUCUGCCUUUGUUAACAACAAAUCGCUCUAUCAAGAUUUUGGCUUCUACAAUGAGAUGCCAAUCAUGAUUGGAUUCAUCUUAUUCUCAGAUGCACUCGCACCAACCGAUGCCAUCAUCAAAUUGUUGAUGAACAUCCUCAGCAGAAAAUUCGAGUUCGAAGCCGCCAGGUCUUUGCUGAAGCUCCAGAUCCAAAACCUUUCUACCAUGGAUGCGGACUGGAUGUACGCAAGCUACCAUUACUCGCACCCAAUUCUUUCUGAGCGCCUUGCUGCCCUGGGUUGGAAGGGAGGCAAGAUCACUGGAGGAGAAAAAGAGCCAAUUGAGAGCGAUAAGCCAGUCAAGGCAGCUGACAGAGAGCUAUAA